AUGUCGAUUUCUACACAGAAUAUACCUCUGAACAAUGGUAUCAAAAUGCCAGUGUUUGGCCUGGGAACAUGGCAGAGCAAAUCCGAGGAGGUUAAAACGGCCGUCAGGACCGCCCUAGAUGUUGGUUACCGUCUCAUCGACACUGCAUUCAACUACCAAAACGAGGAUUUAAUAGGGGAAGUCCUGGAGGAGUAUCUGAAAACAGACAGAGUUAAGAGAGAGGACCUGUUUAUAACAACUAAGUUAGGAAGCAUCCUUACUCGACCGACAGAUGUUGGAUAUUCCCUGUCGGAGAGCCUUCGAAAACUACGACUUUCCUACGUCGAUUUGUUCCUUAUACACAUCCCUCUGGUGUUGAAGAAAAAUGACCCGGGAAAUCUUUUUCCCAUGAAAGAUGGCCAGCUCGAUCAUGAUGGAAAUGUUGACUUCGAAGGGGUCUGGAAGGAGAUGGAAAACCUUGUUUUCGAAGGAAAAGCAAAAAGCAUCGGCGUAUCAAACUUCAAUGCUUCUCAAGUAGAACGUAUCUUGAAGGUUGCACGUGUUAAGCCAGUGGUAAAUCAGGUUGAGUGUCACGCCUACCUUCAACAGAGAAAGCUAGAGAACGUUUUACAGAAGAAUGGUAUUGUAAUAAUGGCUUAUGGUCCAAUUGGAUCCCCUGGUAGUUCAGCAAUGCUCACGGUACCAGGAGAGGCCCCGCCACCCGUACUAUUAGAGGAUCCUGUCAUAGCAAACUUGGCAACAAAAUACAACAAGAGCCCAGCCCAGAUUUUAAUAAGGAAUCUACUUCAAAGGAAUUUGAUAGUUAUCCCAAAGAGUGUCACGCCCAGCAGAAUACGGGAGAAUGGAAACGUGUUUGAUUUCAAUCUUUCACCAGAGGACAUGCUCACCAUUGAAAGAAUUGACAAGGACUUGCGAAUGUUCAAAUUCCAUAUAAUGAUCAAUGCUCCUGAUUUUCCAUUCAGUGAUCCUGUAUAG